CAAAUGGAAAAACAAAAUAUUUAUACAAAACAAUCCAAUACUUUCCACACUUUCAAAUUCUCAUUUUUUCCUUCUUUUUUUAAUACAUUUUAUAGCAACACACUCUAUAAUGAUUAAUAGUAUUCCACGACACCUUACUUGAUCUAAAAUUCAUAUGUGUCUUCGAAAUUUAGAGAGCCCUCCAAGACCUCGAAACCUUAUAAUAUAGAAAUGCACCUUGAUGAUGUGGACCUUUUAUGUAACAAUUAAAGUAAUGGGGUAGUUUUAUGACAAAGCAUAGAAAUAUGGGGGUGUUUUCAGAGUUUCCUCCCAGGCUUUUUUUGGGAUAUGGAAACUUGACAUUUGCUUGCGUCUCCCAUUCAAUUUUGAUCCCCAAGGGAAACAGCAGAGUUUGGUGUGUAUUAUUUGUCUUUGAUUCUCUUCUCUCCGAAAAGCAAUUUUUAGGGUUUUAAAACAAAAUGUCUCAGCUUUUCUGCCGAAUCUCGAAGAAGCUCCCAUCAGCUCGGAACCGGAGCCUCUGUUUCCGGCGGUCGGAGUUCUCGACGGCCACGACGCCUUACCUGCUCCUCGGCAGCGAUGUUGCCGGAGAUUCUUCUUGCGGCGGUAAAUCCGUCAACUUUAACCUCUACGAUCCGACAAAGCAAGAGAAUGUGAAGAUCGAAAAUCAGAUUCUAUCAAAGGAGCUCCACGAAUCUCGGAGGAUAGGAUCAUCAAGAGGAUGGUUAGCUUUGAUGAACAAGAACGAUUCCACAGUGCGUCUCACCAACAUGUUCAACAACCCCACGAAGAAGAAGAAGACCAUAUCUCUACCUCCACUAGCCAGAGACAGAUUCGAGCAUCUUGUCAAUGUCUCUGUCUCCUCCUCUCCCAACGAACAAGAAGAAGAAGACUUUGUAGUCGCCGUCAAGUUUUUCGGUUCUAGAGUUAGUCUUUGUCGACUCGGUGACUCGGAGUGGACUCGCAUCGACGUGCCUUGCCCAUCUUUCCACUCUUCCACCGUCAUCUUCUCCGAGAGAGACCGGAGAUUCUACUUGAACAACUGCAACCCUGACUACACCGGUCCAACCGAUUUCACACCAAAUUCGAAUCCCGGUUUACUCACUCCGGUUAGUGGCUACAAGAGAUUCCUCUUCUCUGACUUUUUAGACGAGAUGCCAGAGCUUGAGAACGAAAUGCGUCUCUCUCGUUUCAAGAUCCAACAGCAACUAGUCGAGUCAUCUUCGGGCCAAUCCUUCAUCGUUUGCUGGUUUGUGGAGAGACUUACGGACAAAGGAGAAGCUGUGCCAUGGGGAGACAAAAGUUACAACAACAAAGAGCUUUGCAAGAAGACCCACAAGAUCAUGGUGUUUAGGCAAGACACAGAGCAAGGGCUUGGUCCUUACACUGAUGACAUUGGCGAUCUCUGCAUUUUCUUGGGAGACAAUGAAUCCUUCUGUCUCUCUGCCAAGGACCACCCUGGUCUGAACCCUAACUCGGUCUACUUUGCCGGCCAUGGUUCCGGUUUCGGCAUCUGCGAUCUCACCUCCCGCACAAUCCGCUAUCUCUCAUCCGACUCUACUCCUUCACCCGGUCGCAUGUUCUGGAUUCCUCCCACAACAUCCCAAUUGGAGCUAGAGGAAGAGGAAAUAUCUUUUAGUUAAUUAUCAUCUAUGAUCGCAUUAUGUAGGCUUUUUUUUAUGAUGUUGAUGAUUUGGUGUUUUCGAACUUAUUAUUAUUGGUGCUUUGAACAUCUUUAGUUUGGUUAUUGGAUUUUGGUCAUUCCCAACCCUAAGGACUCUCCUUGCUAUUCAAGAAAAGGG